AGCACGGAAGAGGAGUGUGUUAGCUACUGAGAAGACUCUUCUCAGUGGCUAGCACCCUUUCGUGCUGAUUGACUUGUAGGAUGCUGGAGACAUAGGACCCUUCUUUCAAAAACAUAUGGGGUCUAAGACCCCCCGAGACCCUGGACGACUACAUCCUUACUUCCGAGCAAACAUGUAAAGGACUGUGAUCUUUUAAAUGCCUCACUCUUAACAAGUCCUGGAUCAGAAAGAGCAGGGACUUAUAUCUUGCGUGGUAUCUUUUUGCAUGUGUUCUGUGUGUGGGUUGACCCCUGUUGCUUAAUCAAAGCGACCACAAAAUUAUGAAUUUCCCUUGAGGAAGGAGGGGGGAGAGACAAAAAGUCCUACUGUUACCCGUAAUAAUAAGUCAUCAGCCUAGUGGUGGCUGUCCUUUCUUUUAGCUAGUCUAUGCCCUGCGCCCAGGAGCUCCGCCCCCUCUCCCCGCAGGCCCGCGCCUACCGAAGACAGCCACACCCCCUCGGUUCUCCUGAGACUCCGCCCCUUCGGCGACGCCUGCGCCUUCCUCCGUCGGCCGACUGCCGGCUCCGCCCACCCAGUUCUAUCCUGGAAGCCUCGCCUCCGGUUUCGACGUAAGGAGCACAGAGGCCAAUGGGAGGCCGAGGGGGCAGAGCCUAUUCACUCUCGGAAUGGCGGCGAGUGAAGCCGGUGUUGCGGCGGGGUCUCCGGUUGCCUCUGCUCAGGGGGCGGCAUUGAUGGAGCAGAGCUGCCGCGAGGGCUUCCAGUUAGCGCCCGCCGCGCGGAAAGCGCGCCCUUCGGACUUGGUGGCUCUGGCAGAGCAAGUGGAGAAGGCCGAUGAUUUCAUCCGAGCAAAUGCCUGCAACAGGCUGACCGUCAUAGCAGAACAAAUCCGAUACUUGCAGGAACAAGCCCGGAAGGUUUUGGAGGAAGCUAACAGAGACGCUGAUCUGCACCACGUCACCUGCAACUUUGUGAAAAAGCCAGGCAGCGUCUACUACCUGUACAGACGGGAAAGUGGCCAGCGCUAUUUCUCCAUGCUUUCCCUUAAGGAAUGGGGGGCCAGCUGCCCAAGCGAGUUCCUCGGUGCCUUCAAACUGCAGCACGACAUGUCCUGGACCCCUUCCGAUGACAUUGAGAAGCGUGACGCUGAGCUCAACGUCCUCGAAAAGCUGCUGAACCAGCAAGUGGCGCUACCCCCCUGCAGCGAGCCCAACUUCCGAGGCCUUACUAUGUGAUGUGACCUAGACCACCACCUCUCCACCCCUGAGCUUGGUGCCCUCCAGAUGUUUUGGAUUGCGACUCCCAACAACCCCAGUUAUUUAUUUGUUUAUUUGGAUUACAGCGUCCAUUCUGGCUGGGGCUGAUGGGAGUUGUAGUCCACUGUUCUUCAGCUUGGGGUCCCCAGAUGUUGUUGGACUACACUUCCCAUCAUCCUUGGCCACAGGCUAAGCUGGCUGGGGUUGAUGGGAGUUGUCUGAUGAAAAUAAAGGAUUGGUUAUACACAUUUAGUCCAUGCAACAUGUUCCACAGUGGCAUGCUUUUGGAAAGGCCUAUCUGGAGCUAACACAGAAUAUUGGUAUAAGCUAAAACUAAGUAUAAGAUAAAACUAACACAAAAACUCAGAGUCUCUAGAGGUCAAAGCAAAAGUGAUACGUUUAUUUUGACUUGGUCUGAUUUUGUACAAUACGCGAACAAGGAAGAACACAAUCAAGUUCGUUUGCCAGCAUAUAAAGGGAUAUGAUUUCUUUAAGUGGGUCUUUACUCUUUUCUUUUCUGGUUUAUCCCAUGCCCAGAAAGAAAAGGCAUAGAAUAACCCUAAGCAGGAUAAGCAGUGUAAUGAAAAUUGUAAAUGAAAAUUGUAAAUGAAAAUACUGUGGCUUUCAAAGUUGAAUUCCACUGUAACACCAGUCAAUAUGAGUUUAUUUUAAAUUAUUUUUGAGUACCUAAGUUUGUUAAUGCUGUAUGAUUUAUAUAUAAUGUUUUGAUGAUGUAUGAUGGUUUUUAACAAUGGAGUAAAAUUAAUAAAGAUUGAUUAAAAAAAACACCCAACUCCCAUCAGUCCCAGCCAGCAUUCAUUAGCAUCUGGAGGGCCCCCCUUCCUGAUCUAACACAGAUGUCAUUGCAAUUGCUACAACAGGCAGAGGGAAAUAAUCAUUAAGUGGUCGGUUUCAAGUGGUCUUGCAAGUCUCAGGGUCUCGGUGGACCACUGAAUUUUUUUUCCUGCCUGUUGCAGCAACUGAAGUCCCAUAGAAUUCAAACAGCAAUGCAAUAAUGUAAAAAUAUAUAUACAAUAUAAUACAAAAAUAUUAUACAAGAAAUAAAAUAAGCAAUUAAAAAAUAA